AAUACUUGCUAUGAUAAUUAUAGAAUUUGAAAACAAACCAGCCAAUGAGAGAAAGGAACUAAUGAAACAAUUAACAGAAAAAAAUCAAAUUGAAAAAGAAAAAAAUAUAGAGGCCGCAAAAAAUAGGGAAAAGUUAACAGCAGCUAUUAAAAUUGUGGGUGUCAUCUUAGAACCAAGUGAAUUAGUGGAUUGGUUUAAAGACACGUUUAAUGAAUAUGAUAAUGAUUGGGCAUUACAUGAUGGAGUAGAAAAUAAACCUAGAGAAGAUCUGAUAAAUUCUGAAAUUCAUUCAAAGGCUCAAGUAGAACUUAGAGCUUUAGUUGAUGAAACUAUUAAGGAAGAAUUAAAUUUUUUAAAAAUGGCAUAUGCUCAUGAUUUAAAAAAGAAAUAUAAAGAGCCAAAAAAAAAAAAUUCAGAAAAGUCUAAGAAAAAAUUUAAAAAAAAUGUAUCAAAACUUAAUCCAAAUGAAAUCUGUGAAGAAUUGAUUAAAAACAAUUUAAUUAAAAAGUCUGUAACCUCCAGAUUCGCCGAUUUUCAAGGAGAAGUUUCAUUAAGUACUGGUAUACUAAGAAAAGAACCAUAUUAUUCUGAUUCUCCCUAUGGAUUAGGUGAUGUACGUCAAAUUAUCAAAGAGUUUUGUGUAAUCGGUUUGAUAUCUGAGGAACUACGUACAUUAAAAAAUAUGAAAUUCAGUCAAUCACUAUUGAUAGCUGGUCCUGAAAAGUCUGGUAAAUCAAUACUAAUAAAUGCAAUAUGCACAGAAACUGGAUCAUUAAAGAUCGAACUAACACUUGAAAAUGUAUCAGAAAAUUAUCCAGAACUUUCAAAAAUAAAUCAAUUAGUUAAAAAUAUUAUAACGUUUGCUAAACAAUGUCAACCAGUUGUAAUCGAAGUGGAUUUAGCUGACGUUCCAUUUUAUAAGAAUAUUCCAAAUGAGUUAAAAGUAUACAAACCAAGUUUGAUGCAGAAGUUGUUGAUAAAACUUGUGAAAUCUUUAAGCAAAUCUGAUCGUAUCAUAGUAAUAGGAAAAGCAAGAAGCCCUUGGUUAACUACCAAAACAAAAUUAUCAAAUGUAUUUGAGACCAUCGUGUUCACUGUGCCCGAUGACUGUACUAUAUUUCUAUUUCUCAACGAUUUAUUAAUGAGCUAUCCGGUAGUUAGCCGAACAUUUCCAGUUACACCAUUGGCCACAAUGUUGGCCGGUUACUCAAGGCAGAUGAUAGCCGACAUUGUGGCUGAAGUAAUGACCACUGAACGGGUGCUAACACUCAGGCAAGAUCCAUUGGACCCCGUAGAGUUUGUACCCGUAAUAUUAAAAUAUCCGAAGCAGAACCCUCAACAAUUUGAACAAUACUAUAAGUGGUAUAACAAAUAUGUACCUAUAGGUGUUAGCAAAAUGUUAGAAAUGGAAACAAAACAAACACCAAAAAAUAUAAAUAAUGAAAAGAAAAAAUAAACAUUUUUUUUACAUUUAAAAUGUGAGAUACUAAUAAAUAAAUUAGAAGUAU